UCGUUUUGUCUUUAAAGUAUAUACACCCAAGUUUUCAUUCCUGUCAUCAUCAUUGAACUUGCCUUGCAACCACUGUAUUUAUUGUCUCAUAAAAACAACUAACAAGCCCAUAUCUUCUAUUGCAAGUUCCAUUAAUACUUCGUACCAACCAUUUUUUAGAUCUGCAGACACUUCAUCUAUCCAGAAAUAUGAUAUCGUCCAAGUUGUACAGCAGUGCCAGUGAUGAUGAUGAGUGUGCUAAAAAUGGUGAUGCAACUGUUGGCUACAAAGAAUUAGACUUGUUUUCCUUGCAUGGAGAUUACCAUCAUGACAAUCAGCAUCACAACCAGAACCCUCCUGAUUCAUCAACUUCCACACAUCAUAAUCCUUCAAGCUCAAGUACUUCAACCCAAGUGAGAGUGCUGCAAGAGCAGAUAGAGAAAUCGAAAGCCGAAAACCAGAAGUUGAGGAUCAUGCUGGAUCAGGUUAAAACCAAAUAUCAAGCUCUUCAUCGUCAGCUAUUUUCUACUAUGCAACAACAGCCUUCCAACAAUCAUCAAGUCAAGGAUGAGAGGAAUGGCAGUUGUGGACCAAAGCUGUGCACUCGGCAGUUUAUAGAUCAAGUUCAAUCUAGUGAGCAGGAUAUUAACGGGGCUAAAAUUUUAGAACAAAAAAGACUAGAAAGAUUGUUGUCGUGUACAACAUCAAUGAACAUGAAUGUAAUGGCAAGAGGGAGAGAAGAUGACAUGUUCAUUCAAGGUGGGAAAAAAGGGAUAUCCAGGGAUGAAGAUGAUCCUGAUCAAAUUCAAACCCGGGGCCCUUGUGGGGAAAAAUUAAAAGGUGAGGAAGAGCAACUACCAGAGGCAGGUUGUGGGAAGGCUAGAGUGUCCUUAAGAGUUCGCUCAGUUGCACCAACUACAGACGAUGGGUGUCAAUGGAGGAAAUACGGUCAAAAGACAGCAAAGGGUAACCCUUGCCCUCGAGCUUACUAUCGUUGCAGUAUGGCCACCGGAUGUCCAGUUCGAAAGCAGGUUCAAAGGUGUGUGGAGGACAAUACCAUCCUCAUUACCACCUAUGAAGGAAACCACAACCACCCUCUACCAGCAGUAGCCACAGCAAUGGCUAAUACAACGUCUGCAGCAGCAAAUAUGCUGCUUUCUGGCUCAAUGACAUCUGUGUCAAACUCAGGCCUCUUCCCAGGAUUAGCAACUCUAUGUACUUCUACUCCACAUCCCACAAUCACACUUGACCUCACUCAACACACAAUUAAUUCAAAUACUCCCUUUCCUUUUCAUGGCUGCUAUAGACCCCCAGAAGUCAUGGGGCAUCCCUUGUACUUUUCUCCAAAAUUACCCGUGAUGUUACCCAUGAUUGAUCGAGUCAGUGAAGUUAUUGCCAAUGACUCUCAAUUCACAACAGCACUAUCAGCAGCUGUUGCCUCAAUUUUGGGAGGGAGUAGGAGAAGCAAUGAUGUGCAUGAAAGCCGCAGUCAGAGUAACCAAAGCCCUGGUUUCUAAAUACUACUACAGCAUCUGCAUCUACUUGACAAAAGAGAACAAGUUAUAUAUAUGUUGCUUUUGCUUAAUUUUUUUUUUUUCCCUUAACUUAUUUUAUUUAUUAAUUUUUGAAUUGGGUUUACUGGGCAAACUCCACUCUCUGUUACAUGGUGUUUAAUACCAAUAUAUCAUCCUUGUUUGUGCUAGUUUGCCAUAUAGAAGAAAUAUGUGAAAUUUAUAUAUA